AUGUUCAACAGCAUGGCUCGAAGUCAGGCGGCCAAUGCGUUGCAAGGGCGGUAUCGGUAUCACCGAUCGAUCGACGAAAACCUCCAGGCGCUAACUGUGGAAAUGGGGCUCCAUUCCGGUUCGGGGUCGCACACGAUUCAGGUGACAAUCGGUGGACAGCAGCGUGAGCUCAUCAUUGAUACAGGCAGCGGCAAGACGGCGUUCGUUUGCACAGGCUGCAACAAAUGCGGCAACAAACGCAAGCACCAGCCGUUCAUCUUCACGGACAAUACUACGUAUUUAAGCUGCGACCAAUCCAUGACCCCUCUGUCCAAUAUAGGAGAACCACCGUGCGUAGACUGUGAGAAUGGCAAAUGUAAAUACGGCCAGACGUACAUCGAAGGAGACCACUGGACAGCGUACAAGGCGUCCGAUGUGAUGCAGUUGUCGUCAUCAUUUGAGGCUCGUAUCGAGUUCGGCUGUAUCUACGAGCAGUCGGGCGUCUUCCUCGACCAGCCGUCGGACGGCAUCAUGGGCUUCUCACGACACCCAGACUCCAUCUUCGAGCAGUUCUAUCGACAAAAGGUGACGCACUCUCGCAUCUUCUCGCAGUGUCUGGCUGAAGGUGGCGGUUUACUUACGAUCGGCGGCGUGGAUCUGGCUCGCCACACGGAACCGGUGCGCUACACUCCGCUGCGCAACACUGGGUACCAGUACUGGACAGUGACUCUGCUGUCUGUGUCCGUUGGCGACGCGAACAACACCGUGCAGGUGGAUAGGAAGGAGUUCAACGCCGACCGUGGAUGCGUCCUUGACAGCGGAACGACCUUCUUGUAUAUGCCCGAGAGCACCAAGCAACCAUUCCGACUCGCAUGGAGUCGAGCGGUCGGGAGCUUUUCGUUCGUGCCUGAAAGCAACACGUUCUACUUCAUGACGUCGAAGCAGGUGGCGGCACUUCCAGAUAUUUGCUUCUGGUUCAAGAACGACGUGCACAUUUGUCUGCCGUCGAGUCGCUACUUCGCACUUGUUGGUAACGGGAUCUACACGGGCACAAUCUUCUUCACUGCGGGACCAAAGGCGACGAUACUGGGGGCCAGCGUCUUGGAGGGCCAUGACGUCAUCUACGACGUUGACAACCAUCGCGUGGGAAUCGCCGAAGCCAUGUGUGAUCAGCCACUGCAGGCCGAGGUGGAACUCAGUCUCGAUCCUGGUGGUGACAAGUUCCGUGCAAGUUUCGACUACUCGCAGGCCCCUCAGUGGAUGCUCGCGUGCGUCACUCUGCUGGCUGUGGCUGGGCUUAUCAACGCCAUCUGGGACGAGGAGUUCUCUUUCUUCCUCAUGAUGGAAGACGAACCCAAGUAA